AGCAGAGCGAGGAUCAUGUGUAGUCCACGCGCCGAAACUAGGUUAACACAGAGCUGGAGUCCAGGAGAGAGCUGGGAGACGAGGAACUGCCGCACUGUGGCUUUUUAUUGCUUUUAUCACAACCGCCCCUCCGGGACUGCGCGCAACUGAGAAAAGUAAAUAACGUAGGCAAGCCGCGUUCGAGCAUAUUUUCGUAUUUUUUGACAGGCACACUCAGGCAUGCGGUAGAAAGAAGAAAAUAAACAUAUGAGGAUUUGUUGCUUUACAGUUUUCAACGGCUCCGGUUUGGAGCUAAAACGCGUGCAUCGUUUUCAGUAUUUCUUAGCUUUACUUCCCUCUGGAGUUGCAUGACUCGAAGAUAGUACUUGUCAACGUCAACAUGAGAGCUCAAAUAGAGGUGAUUCCCUGUAAGAUCUGUGGGGACAAAUCAUCAGGGAUCCACUAUGGUGUCAUCACCUGUGAAGGCUGCAAGGGUUUCUUUCGGCGCAGCCAGCAGAACAAUGCUAUGUAUUCCUGCUCACGGCAGAGGAACUGUCUAAUUGACCGGACCAACCGUAACCGCUGUCAGCACUGCCGGCUGCAGAAAUGCCUUGCUCUGGGCAUGAGCCGUGAUGCGGUGAAAUUUGGUCGUAUGUCCAAAAAGCAGCGUGACAGCCUGUACGCUGAGGUCCAGAAGCACCAGCAGUCCCAAGAAUGUGGGGGGGGCGGUGCGCGUGAGGAAAACGGUGAGUUGGUCAUGCACAGCCGCACCCACAGUCGAGGCUCCAGCGGUGCGCUUAGUGACCUGGACGACAUCACUACGCUGCCGGAGGGCUUGCUUUUUGACCUGCCCCUGACCCCCGAGGGUGCAGGUGGAGAGUACUGUAACCUGGAGAUGCUGGGCGGCAGUGCAGGCAGCAGCUCAUCCUCCCAGAGCUCACCAGAACAGACCAACUUGGAUUUCGUAGACGGCAAUCACAGCAUCAAGCAUGAGUACCAACUGCUGCAUGACUCUGGACUCUUCUCACAUGCCAUUAUCAACCCCAUGCCCGAAGGCUGCUCCCUUCUUGAGAUAGAGCGUAUAACCCAGAGUGUGGUGAAGUCCCAUAUUGAGACCAGCCAAUACAGCACAGAGGAGCUGAAGAGAUUGGCAUGGACCCUGUACAGCCCUGAAGAGAUACGCUCAUACCAGACCAAGUCUGCUGAGGUGAUGUGGCAACAGUGUGCCAUUCACAUCACCAAUGCAAUCCAGUAUGUGGUAGAGUUUGCCAAGCGCAUCACAGGCUUCAUGGACCUCUGUCAGAAUGAUCAGAUUAUCCUCCUCAAAGCAGGCUGCAUGGACGUUCUCCUCAUCCGUAUGUGCCGGGCUUACAACCCCAUCAACAAUACACUGCUCUUUGAUGGAAAGUUUGCGAGUCCUCAACUCUUCAAAGCUCUUGGCUGUGAUGACCUUGUGAGUGCAGUGUUUGAUUUGGCCAAAAGCCUGAGCCGUAUUCAGAUGUCUGAAGAAGAGAUGGCUCUGUUCAGCGCUGCUGUGCUGCUCUCGCCAGACCGACCCUGGCUGACAGACACCCAGAAGAUACAGAAGCUGCAGGAGAAGGUCUACAUGGCUCUGCAGCGCUGCCUACAAAGAGAUGGCUCAUCAGAGGAGAAACUGGCUAAGAUGGUGUCUAAGCUUCCUGUAAUGAAGUCCAUUUGCAACCUCCACAUCGACAAACUGGAGUUUUUCCGUCUUGUUCACCCCGAGACAGCAUACACCUUCCCCCCUCUCUAUCGGGAGGUUUUUGGUAGUGAAAUCACCUUCCCAGACUCCACUGAGGGCUAAAGCUGUUUUUGCAAAAGAGAGUCAUUCAAAUAGAGAUGUUGAGGUUUAGGGAGGGAGAGAGAAAUGUGGCAACCAGGAGAAGCAAAACCAACCAGCAGCUUAGUGACAAUCGUGCACGCUACACUUUAGGACACACUCCUCUCACCUCUGAAUUCCCACCCUGAUGGAGUAGCUUACACUGCCCUACAAGCCAGUCCGUUUAACUUUAUCUUAACGCUAGGUGCUGCUGGGUACUCGGUGCAUGCUACCUAAUUAUUUUUACAGGGAGCUGAAAGAAAUUAUAAUAUAGUAGCCUCCGUAAUUUGUAUUCUCAAAAAUAUUUUUCUAUGGGGUGCCCUUAAACCUCCCAUCAAGUUGAAUUCCUCUCUACAAAUAAAUUUGACUUCUUUCCUUGUUCUCACAGUUCCUGUAAGCUAUUUUUGAAUGUACCCCUUCUUCCCUAAACCAUUCAGUCCAGCCUUAGGCUUGAUAUAGAAUGUACAUACUUAUAACCGUGUCCCAUUUUGUGGAGAUGUGCUGUAAUGAUGCCUGUUUCAGUUCUCAUUGUAGUAACAGUGCAUUUUUAUUUUAUUUUUUUAUUUUUUUGUUGUUUUUUUUUUCCAAUCAAUAUUUUUUGGUAGCGCCCAUACUUUGCAGUUUUGUAUCUUAUAAGCAAACUGUUUAAAGGGACCAUGAUCAAACUCACAAACAGGCAGGGUUUUUAAACUGUGCAGAUCAUGGGCAAACACCCAAAGUGUCUGGCUCCAUGCACUUACAAACUCUUGCACACACAGCACAAAGUAUAGCACUUGUGCUGAUCUUUAUAGGUAUUUUUACCAGCACACUCUCAGACACUGAUAUUUGUGAGCUCUUUAUUUUUUUAAUGCAAUCAACGACCUCAGUCCUAAUACCCUUUCCCUUUGCAAAUGCCACUUAGAAAGAGAGAACGACAGAGUGAAGACAUUUUGUGAAAGUAUUUUCAGAUGUUCCUUUUUUAUAUGCAUACAUCAAUAUAAUCAUAUAAGAUAAGAGUAGUGAUGAGUUCUUUUAACGAGUGAGGGGGAGACAGAGAAUUUAAAAAAAAAAAAUGGUAAUGUAGUAAUUGUUCUCAGGUCUCAGACAGAUACUGCCUGACCAUACUUUGGGGUUCUGGGAUGAAAACAUUGAUCUUGCUAAAAAGAAAAUCCAUGAGUGAUUAGCACUUAUGAGUCUUUGCUUGAAUGCAAAGUGAACACUCUUGGCACAAGAUCUUGCAGGAUCACACUCUCGAAUCGCGGUUUGAACAGAAACCAGAAACAGGAGUUACAUCCUCCAACUUUAGAUAAGCUGCAUAAGCGAUGUGCUGGGAAACUGACCACCGUUGGGCCGUGUGUUCACUUGGAGGAGCUGCUGGAACUUUCUCACCUCAGCCACCAUCCAAACUUUUGGCACUGUGAGAACCAGGAGGGCCAAGUGAUUUUGGGAGUAAUGAAAAGCAGGCUGGGAGGAGCCGAGAGUUAAUGUUGAAAUGCGAGAGCGAGUAGGGAGAAACACUUCACCAUACUCCCAACCUACAUGGAAGAGAGGCAAAGAGUGGAGAGUGGACAGGUGGAUGCCGGUAUUUUUUAAGGGGAUUUACUAUCUCCAUACAUUGUCUCGCUGUUUUGGGCUCAGGCAGUCUGCGCUCUCACAGUCAGCGAAGGUAUUCUUAUUACCGAAUUAGGUCCUCUAUUCCUAACCCCACUCCCUGACUACCUCACCCUCUUUAAACACUACACGGCACAGCAAAGGGUUGACAGAGCCAUCAGCUACCCCCCUGAGUUAGUAUUUCUGCAUACACUAGUGUACUUCUUCAUGAUAACAAUUUGCAUUGAACUUUGAAGGAUAGAGAUUAACCGCUUAAAUAUAUCAUUCCCCUCUUUUAAACCUGGACACAAGUCGAGAGCAGACUCAGAUUCCUCAGAACGGCCGCCCUCCAUGGAUUUGCUUAUGUUUAGACCAUACAUGAUGUCAGAAUAAGAGGUUGUUCUGACUGCUUUCCUGUUUACUGAGAGGACAGCUUCCAGGGGGUUAUUUCCUGUAGCUUCAGGAAAAGUUGCAUAGACAGAGAUCUAUCACAACUCUGGUCUCUGGAGAUACGGGCAAGGCUGUGUCCAAAAGAAACGUCUCCAUCUGGUUUUAAAGCAGGGGGGGCACAUUGGAUUUCUUAAACGCUACAAUGUCAUUCUACCAGUAUGUUAAACAAGCUGCUUGAAAUUAAUGAGAGAACAUUGUUAUUAUUCCUGUUGUUGGCAUAAACAGACAAUCACAUUACAGACCUUGGAUCCCUGGCUCUAUUUAUCAUAGCUCCAUUUUGCACUGCUGGAACAGUGCGUUCUCCAUAUUCUGUGUGAUCUUACAUAGAUAUUAUGAAGGGGGAGUAACCUUUUCUGGGUGCUUAGGAUAGUGUCAUGGUGGGAUUGUGCAAUAACGUCCUUCCCAUUCUCAGUAUAGAGGGUCCUUGUCGGCCUGUAUGAUGGUUUAUUAGAAUUCAUAAGCACUCCAGCACAGAUGUACAGUUAACCAUGCAGCACAAGACAUAAUGCUACUUUCAGCAUAACAAAACACACAGACAGCUUUUACACAGAUCAAGUAUUAACUGACAGGAGGGGGAUGAGUUUCUAUGGCAAAAGAAGAUUGUAACAAAGUGUACUGCUUUGUGUUUAGAGUCCUAGAAUGUUAAACAUGUUGAUUUCAAAAGAAAUAUGUAACUUUGCAGACCUAAAAGCUGCCCAUAAAGUGUCCCUACUGAUGCAUGUUUUGGGAGCAGUUCUUUAGAUUUGCACUUACAUUUCCGCUUAGAGUUACUCAGGGAGAUAGCUGGGCUCUCAGUUCUACAGUGUCUUCAGUUAGUCUAGCAAGACACCUUGCACCAAGAUAGAAGACCUUAAAACCUUGAUCACUGUGUACAGUACAUGUCCUUGUGAAUGUUUGAUCACAGAAGUAUCAAAGAUUUUACCCUAAUAUCAUUAUUGCAGGAGUUUGAGUCAUAGAAGAAAUAGGAUCUAAAAAAAAAAAAAAAAAAAAAAUGAAUAAUGAAUAUAAAAGAUGGAUUUUAAUCUCUGAACCUUUUGUGUUGGUUUUGUUGUGAUCUUGUUUCUUCAUUUUUAUCCUUAUCUGUACUGUUUUUCCUCAUUGGUUUAGUGUUAUUUUUGUCUUGGAGAGAUGUAAUUCUAUUUUUUUUUUAAAGAGCAUUUUUAAAGAUGUCUCCCUAAAAGUUUCUCUUUUGUCAUGAUCCCUCUGUUUAUGAUAUUUUCACUCUAUUUUAAGAUUAUUAUUAUUGAAUCAAUAUAGAUUUUAAUAAGAAAUAAUUUAUGUUAUGGAUAUAAAGCCUAAGAGGCUAUUAACACAGUAAAGUGUUAUUGAUGUAAAAUGGGGAUACAAUAUGUGGAUUUAAGAAUGUAAUAAAAGUUCUUUUUACAAUAAA